AUGAGGGCAGCGCUUUAUCAACGGGGUUACAUUCGACUUGCUGAGCAACUGAGAGAUGACUUUUGCCUACCUGAAAACUUCUCUGGGUUUCUUCAUGAUGAUGACCUGAUGCUUAUUAGUAAUGGAAUUGGCAUUAAGUAUCCGGAAGUUGCAGUACGUCUUGGUCUUACAUGGAGUGAUGUGUCAUCAGCAAAAACACAGCAUCAUCGCCAUAUUUUUUAUUCAUCCAUGGAGCUGUUGACCAAAUGGCGACAGCGACAGACUCAUUCUACGAAUCAACUCCAGAUGAUGUGCGAAGCGUUGGAACACGAAGGAUUUUCCUCUGUUGUGAAGCAACUACGACCUAAUGUGGAAGCAUCUUCAGUUCUUUGUGAAGUUUGUUUGGAUGAUAAAACAUUGCUCAGUAUUUGCGAUGAAAUGAAAAGUGAUUGGAAACUUGUGGGUGUUCAAUUAGGACUGCAAUUAUCAGAAAUAGACUGCAUAGAAAAAGACAACAAACCUGUGAAGAAUGCAAUAAUGAAAAUGCUCGUGUCUUGGAGGGAUAAACAACCAUCCAACAUCAACCAACUAACUACAAUGAGUUCAGCUCUUGCUGAAAGGGGAUAUAGUCGGCUUUCUGAUCAAUUGACAGGCAACUGGAAUUAUGAAGAAGUAUAUUCAGGUCGUUUGGAUGAUAAAUCAUUGCUCAGUAUUUGCGAUGAAAUCAAGGGUGAUUGGAAACUUGUGGGUGUUCAAUUAGGACUGCAGUUAUCGGAAUUAGACUGCAUAGAAAAAGACAACAAACCUGUGAAGAAUGCAAUAAUGAAAAUGCUUGUGUCUUGGAGGGAUAAGCAACCAUCCAACAUCAACCAACUAACUACAAUGAGUUCAGCUCUUGCUCAAAGGGGAUAUAAUUGGCUUUCUGAGCAAUUGAAAGGCAACUUUAAUCCUGAAGAAGAGUAUUCAGAUCAUAAACCUUCAGCAUGUGCUUUAUGCAGUCUCUGUUCUGAUGAUGAAUUCUCACUGCCAAAUCUAUCAAACGUUCCACACGAGUGUACAAUGGAUGAGCAAGACUUCAGAGGGAUUCUGUUAAAAAUAUCUGAAAAUUUGGAUGAAGAAGAUCUGUGGGUUUUGAAGGUUGCUCUCACUGAUCUCAUCAAAGACGCACACACACGUGUUGAAGCAGAUCGGGCAACUGAACUCUUUGAGAGUUUGAUCAAACAAAAUAUCCUGAACCCAAAUGACAUGAGCAUUCUGCCUGAAGUAUUCCAGUUAACAGGUUUAAAUUAUUUGCAGCGAUUCAUCAAAGGAUGCCCACAGGUGAAGGACAUUCCAAUUACUUUCUUUUCCAAGUUCCGCCAGUCUGUAGUUGCCUUUGGAAGAGCGCUAACUGCCAGCCUUACAAGAGAGAUCGAAUAUGCAUUUUUUGGUACAGAAAAGUUGUACAAGAACAAAUGGGAUCUGAUGAUGAAACUGGAAAUGAAUCUUAAACUAUGCAAUAAUGACAAAUCAAUAGAGAGCUUUAAAGCAAAAUUCAGUAAUCAUGUAAGCAAAUAAGCUAAGAUAAAUCUAUCCAAAUACUACAAGAGCUGAAAACAAUGCUUAUAAUUGUAAUUUUGGGAAUUAUACUCU